AUGAGUGCAUUUGCCGCCUUACGGGACCUGGGGGUGUCGUCAUUGAUGUCAUCUAGAGGAAGUGAUGAAGAGGAUAGGCCCAUAAUGUACCAACAAAACACUUCAGACGAGGAAGAACAGAGCGAUCAAGAAGCACAAGAAACCCAAGACAGUGGUUCACUGAAGCCCGUGUCACUCAUGGGCUCUAGAUCGAACUCCACCAGUGUGCUUCCUUCACCAGUAACUCAGGGCAGAAGACCUGUACCUGCCAGCUUUGUGUACGAGUCAAAAUUCACUCCAAAUUGCGAUAAUCUUGUGGUGAUGGAUGACCAUGUAAUCAUUGGACUUAAACCCCACGAGUACAUAGUUUUGAACGGACAGGCUAAAUUGACAAUCCAGAGAGGUGCUGUAUUGGUGAACAAUUGCCACUACUUCUUUGCCCAUCCGGACAAGACCUACGAAGUGUUGGCAACUCAGUCGCAAUCGUUACCCGUCAUUGCCAGCACCCAAGUUCUUGACCGGUCGAGUGGCAUUGAAGACACGAAGACCGCGGAAAAUGAACAUCUUUUCAAUAGUGACUACAAGUCGGUGAUUGUACUAGAAGAUUACCAUACGGGGCUAGAAGACAUCGGGUUAUAUAGUCCACCUUUGAAGCGGUUUUUCUACAAUCUGGAAGUAGAAGAAGCAGAGGGUGUAGAGGCAUCUAUAGGGUUUGCGCUCCCGAACCAACCAGUAAUCCCCUUGGACUUUUCAUUUGAAGUGUUAUUACAGAACAAGGGACUCACCGGGUUGUAUAUUGACCGGACUUGGCGAGACAAGGUGAACGAGUUGAACAUGAUGGAAGAUCCAAGUGUAACCAUGGUGAUUGGGAAUAAAAAUAGCGGGAAAUCAACCUUUGCCAAGGCGCUAUUGAAUGGGUUUGUCUCAAAGAAUGCACCCGUUCUGUAUUUGGACUUGGAUCCUGGUCAAUCAGAAUUUUCCAUGCCCUAUUGUAUGUCCUUGACAAGCGUUGAUCGGGAAGUCCUUGGGAUAAAUAUCCCACUGUCGGUGAUUGACGACUCCACUGCCACAACCUCGCUUUACUACGGAUUCACCACGCCACAACUGCAGCCUACCAGGUACCUUGAGAUUGUGAAGGCGUUAUGGCAAGUGUACGACCAAGUACAUCGUCCAAGAGGGUCACAUUUGAUCAUCAACACCCCUGGAUGGAUCAAGGGGUUUGGCAAGCAAUUGCUUGACGAAAUUACUGCUCUUGCACGCCCAGAUUCGCUUGUAUACCUUACUAGCUCUGGGAUAUUAGACCCAACUGACGAAACAUUGGAUGCACUCACUUAUUCACAAGUCCAUACACUUCCUGGGAUGUACCAAGUUUCCAAAUAUUCCCCAGCACAACUCCGUACCUUCAAUAAGCUUACAUAUUUCCAUCAACAGAGACAGAACGGUGGUAUUACUAAGUUUCAAUUCCGUGAACAUCUACUUACAUCCCCUCCUAUGAGAAUAUCAUAUCAACUGGACAAGUCUGACCAUUCCUUUGUUGGUAUCAAUGGAGUUUCUAUUCUCAACUAUGAUACGGGGCUUCAAUUCAACCAACAAGACCUACUUCUUAUGCUUGAUGCAUCUAUUGUAGGGUUGUAUCUAGUUGAUAAUGAGCUGUUUAUGGCGCUGCUGACGCUACAAGAAAUGCCCGGACGUCCACUUUAUCUCAAUUCCAAUAGUCUUGAAGAGUUGGUACGUCCGAAUGACAGUCACAAUAUCUUCAUGGGACUCUGUAUGAUCCACAGUAUCAACAAACAUGAACAAUAUUUCAAUGUGUACUUCCCUAACGAGAGCAAUGUAUCCAAGAUCAAGGAGAGGUUACAAGAUGGGUACAAGUUGAUAUUCGUGAAGGGAGACGGGGAUUUACCGGUUCCAGAAGUUCUUAUGCCACAAUUGGUCCAACAACAAUUGGAUAUUUUCAAGAAACAACGAAAGAAUAAGCCAGUGGAACAGACAAAGAUGCCGUAUGUUAGUUUUGAGAGUAAGAACAAGGUUGGGGGCGUUUGGAAAAUACGAAGAAAUGUCAUGAGAAGAGGUCAUCAGCGAUGA